UCCCAUUUACAUUCUCAAAUUUUUGUGCUAACACAAACCUCAAAACCCAUCAUCAUCCUCUGUAUAAAAAGCUGUCUGUCUGUCUCUCUCUCUCUCAUGGAGGACGACGACGACGAGUUCGGAGAUCUGUACACUGACGUCCUCAGACCCCUCGAAUCCUCGGCUCUCUCUCAGAACCGCCCGAUCGAUCUCAACAUUCAGAGCGAUGAUGAAGAUAUUCUCUCGGGAGCUCCUAAUUCUAACCCUAAUUUCAAUUUCACCAGCUCUCACCAGAACCAAACCCUAGUUUUCAACUCCGAUAAGGCUGCCCCCGAACUGGGUCUCGCCUCAAGUUCCGAUUCUCAUCGGAAUUUGAAUUUGAAUUUGGAUUUGGAUGGUAAGCAGCAAAGUCAAGAAGUGGACAUAGAAGAAGGUUUAGCUGAGGGGGUGAGUAAUUUGGGGUCGGAUUUGCCGGAGCCAAGUGUGCCUAGGGUUUUGGAGAGUUGCGGUGAUGUGAAAUUUCCAAACUUGAUGGAUGAGUCCGAGAUUGAUGUUGUUGUUGUUGAGGAGAGAGAUGAUAAAGAUGAUCUAUUGGUUGCAAAAGAUGAGGGUUCUAUGGAUAAAAACGAUAAUUUUGAGAAAUUUGAUGUACAAGAGAUUAAUACUGGGAUUGGAGAUUUGGGUUCGGAGCCACUGAUACCUGGUCUAUCAAUUCCCGGGGUUUUGGAUGCUAUGGAUAAUCGAGGUAACUCGAAUUUUGUGAUGCGGGAUGAAGCCAGCGCCGAGGGGGAUGAUUGGGACAGUGAUAGUGAGGAUGAUUUGCAGAUUGUAUUGAAUGAUAACAACCACGGACCAAUGGCGAUGGGAAAGACUGGAGUGAUGGGAAGUGAUGAUGAGGACGAAGAUGGUGAUCCUUUAGUUAUUGUUACUUAUAGCGAACCGGGUCAUCAGCCAAUGGAAGAGCAAGAGUGGGGUGAAGAUGUAGCACAGGCGGCAGACGGUGAGAGAAAAGAAGUAGGUGAUGCAGCCAAAGUGAAUGGAGGAAUGGUUGUUCCGCCAAAGAUUGGGUACAGCAAUCAUCCAUAUCAGCCAUAUCAUUCUCAGUUUAAGUAUGUGAGACCUGGUGCAGCUCUGAUGCCUGGAGCAGCUCCUGUUGGCCCUGGAGGAGCCCCAGGUCAAGUUCGUCCGCCAGUCAACAUGGGACCUGUUGUCGGUCGUGGUAGAGGUGAUUGGCGGCCAACAGGAAUAAAAAAUGCUUCUCCAAUGCAGAAAGGUUUUGUUCCAGGGUUUGGAACACCUGUUUGGGGGAACAAUACAUCAGGACGUGGUUUUGGCAGUGGGUUGGAUUUCACACUUCCAUCACACAAGACUAUAUUUGACAUUGACGUCAAUAGUUUUGAGGAAAAACCAUGGAGGCUCCCUGGUAUUGAUAUAUCGGAUUUUUUUAACUUUGGUAUGAAUGAGGAGAAUUGGAAAGAUUAUUGCAAACAGCUGGAACAACUUCGCCUGGAGGCAACCAUGCAAAGCAAAAUUCGUGUCUAUGAAAGUGGGAGAACAGAACAGGAGUAUGAUCCAGAUCUGCCACCAGAAUUAGCUGCAGCAGCAGGUAUUAAUGAUAUCUCACCUGAAAAUGGAAAUCUUGGGAAGAUGGAUGCUGGACAAAGUGAUAUAGCUAAAGGAUCUGCACGUGUGCGGCCACCAUUGCCCACUGGGAGAGCAAUUCAGGUGGAAACUGGUUAUGGUGAGCGUCUCCCGUCCAUUGAUACUCGGCCACCACGUAUUCGUGAUUCUGAUGCAAUUAUUGAGAUUGUCUUGCAGGACUCAGCAGAUGAUGAUUCCCUUCAGGGAAAUGAUGUCACAGAGCAGCCGGAAAAUGAUUGCUCAAGGGAGAAUUUCAGAGGAGGCCAUGAAAUUGAACGAGAUGUUGCAGAGGAAGAUGCUGUACAUUUUGAUGGUUCCCCACUCGCCUAUAAUGGUAGGAAGAGGGAACUGAUUGAAAGAAGAGCACCCUUCGUGAAUUCUGUUCAGGAUAACCUUACCGAAGGAGAUGAAAAUUUGCCUUUGCCCCCAGAAGCACCAGUUCAGUAUCCCGAUUCUAGGGGUCAGACGUCUACAUAUUCUGGUGGAGACACCCUCUAUGAGGAGAGGCGGACAAAGGGAAGAACACAGAACAGAUCCCCCAAUAUUAGCUGUAGUGACAAUCAGAAGGAAGGUUCAGUUGAAAGCAUUGGUGGAGAACAUAGCCCUCGAUUAUCAUCUCCCGUCACUGUUGGGAGUGCUGAGAAUCUUGAUGCUGAACAUGGUGAUGGUUUGCAUGAUGAGCUGGUGCUGACUGAUAGAAGCUCUGGAAUGGAUAGGGAGGAAGUGGCCUUGGAUGCAACAACUACAACGGAUACACACAUGGGUAAAAAUCCUUUGCCUUCUGUGAAAAAGCAAAAGUUAAGUUCUCGAGUUGAACAAUCUUCUCUUCAAGAAAUUGAUGAUGGAUGGGACUUAAAGGCAUCAAGAAGUAGUGAAAACAGCAAAGGAAGAUCAGGGAGCAGCAGGGAUUAUCAGAAGCUUCAUGAUAGUGUUGACGAGGAAGUUGCUCAGCUUGGACGUUCUUCACGCAUGGUGAAUUUGAAGCGACCCCAUAGUGAAGAUGAGCAAAGUAUCAGAAGAAGAGGUCAUGACGAGAGACAUAAGAUGGUCAAACAUCGUUUGGUGGAAAAAGGUAGGGAUGAUUCCUAUUCUCGUAGGGAUUGGGAUCCUCACUUGGCCCAUCAAUCGCACAGGAAAACUGAGGGUAUAGACAGGCGAAAAGAGAGAGAAGAGAGAGAUAAUUCGUGGCAACGGCAAGAUGAUGAUCCACAUGGUAUGAGGAUUAGAGCUGAAGACACAAGGAAGCGAGAGCGUGGUGAUGAAAUAGGUUCAAGGCACCGGAACAGGGUUCAAGAAAGUGAGAGGAUAGACAAAGAUGAACAUCUUCAGUUGAGGAAACAGUUGGAUAAUGGUAAUUUAAGGGCCCAUCAUGAUAAAGAUGUGCAAUCACGACACAGAGAAAGGGAUGAUAAUAUGAGGAGUCGAUAUGAGAACAUGGAUGAUGCCCAUAGAAAAAGAAAGAAAGAAGAGGGACAUUUAAGGAGGGACUCUGAAAAGGAAGAAAUCUUGCGGGGCCAUAGAGAAAACUCUAGUCAUCGAAAGCGAGAAAGGGAUGAUGCUUUGGAUCUGCGUAAGAGAGAUGACCAAGUGAGAACUAGAGAUGAUGAUCAACAUUCUGUCAGGCACAAAGAAGAGAGCUGGAUUCACAAGGAGAGGGGUGAGAGGCAGAGGGAGCGGGAGGAGAGGCACAUGAUCAAACAGUCACAUGAAGAAAGUUUAUCAAAGCGGGAAAGAGAAGAACGGGGAGGAGCAAGGAGUGCACAAGCUGCAGAAGACAAAGCAUGGAUUAGCCAUGCUAGAGUGAAGGAUGAGUAUAAGGGAUCUGAUAGAGAUUACCAAUUUAAAGACACUGGGCGGCAUGGUGAGCAACUUAAGAGGAGGGAUCGGGUUGAGGAUGGAAGUCUUUCGCAGCAUAGGGGAUGGGAAGAUAUCUAUGCACGUGGAAACCAACCCAGCAUUGAUGAGAGAAGAUCAAGGCAGGAAAGGGCAAGUACACGUGAUCGUGCUGUGAGUGGUUCUGAUAACAAUAGGGCGCAUGAAAAAAAACAUAAAGAGAACACAAGGAAGAGUAAAGAAUCUGACGGUAAUGAACAAAACUCCAUGGGCCCUUCAAAGAGAAAUCAAGAGGAACAAAGUGGUCGGAUGAAUGAGCCGAUGAAAUUGAAAGGCACAACUGAGCGCGCAAACUGUGAGCAUGAGAUUCUGCUGAACCCGUCACUCUUCCAAAAAACAUAGGGAAGAUGCUUCUUCAGAUGAUGAGCGACAAGAUUCGAGAAGAGGACGGUCCAAAUUGGAACGCUGGACAAGCCAUAAGGAGAGGGAUUUCAAUGUUAACUCUAAGUCAUCAUCUUCCUUGAAGGUUAAAGAGAUCGACAAGUUUAACAAUGGUGGCUCUUCUUCCUUAGCCAGAAGGCUCCCAGAUGAAUCUUCCAAGACAGUUGAAACCGUUGAGAAUCAACAUCCAUUGGGUGAUCAAAAAGAUGUUGGUGAUGUGAAAUGCUUGGAUGAUAGACACUUGGACACAGUGGCAAAGUUGAAGAAACGAAGUGAGCGUUUCAAGCUUCCAAUGCCAAGUGAAAAGGAAGCCAUGGUGAUUAAAAAGAUGGAGAGUGAACCAUUGCCUUCAGCCCAAAAUGAAGCCUGUGCAGACUCGGAGAUCAAACCGGAGCGUCUAGCUCGGAAACGGAGGUGGAUAAGCAACUAAUUGUGAAAUCAAGGAACCAAUUUUCAAUGUUAAAAUGUGCCUCGUGUAGGCUUUUCGGGGCUAGUGGCAUUACUAUUCUGCAGCCAUAUACACUUUCUUUAUUGUGUACAUAACAGUGAAUGUAACAUUGUCCUUGCCAUUGAUGGUGACUCAGAAUUUUGGUUCCUAGUAACAAGUAGAGUGUAUUCAUUUAUAGAGAUUGUAUACCAGUUUUCUUGGGGGUCACUUAAAGGACCUGGUUGUUCCAAUAACCAUAUCUGACCUGAACAAAGGCUGGCGCUCCACAAGGCGAGGCACUUGAUUAAUGCUGGCUGCGUCAAGUAUCGGUAUGGCAUAGAUUCGAAGAAAUUUAAUGCAGGGAACAUUUAAUUGAAAGAGAAUGACCCCUCUACUCUGGAGUAGGAAAGUCAUUGAGGUCGAUGUAGAUGGAUGAUCUGCACUUAUUGUAGCUUGAUUUUCUCUGUACCUGUAUGAUAGAUUUUUUGUCACUUUGUUUUAUUUUGAUGUUCCUUUUCUGUGUUUUAAGGAACAAAAGAGAUAUAGAAGUAAUUGAAGAGAGAGAGCAGGUGAUUAGUUAACAUUGACAUUGAGGAAAUGACCUAGUGCAGUGAGCCCCUUUUUCUUAGUAGAUAUAGCAAGUUUGGAAUAAUGGUAUUUGAUAGGAUUGACUUAAA